AUGUUGUGGCGGGAUCUGAGGGCAUGGCAAAUCUAUGGGGCGAACACUGAUGUGGGCAAGACCAUCAUCUCGACCAUUCUUUGCAAAGCACUAGCCAGGAGAGCUCCGAAAAAUGGCUUGCUUUAUCUGAAGCCAGUGUCAACUGGUCCAGAUAGUGAGGCUGACAACAAGCAUAUCGCAAGACAUGCAUCUGGGGUUGUUGCCAAAUGCUUGAAGCAGUACUCGCAGCCACUCAGUCCUCAUCUUGCUGCCAAGAUUGACGAUCCCAAUCACGUUAUCACGACACGUCUUGGUAAACUGAGUAACAAUGACAGAUUACUUGUGCAGCAAGUCAAGGAAGCUCUGAACCUUCAUCACAACAAGGGCGGUCGUUAUGCUGUAGUGGAGACGGCUGGCGGUGUCUUGUCGCCUGCUCCUUCUGGUUCUGUACAAGCUGAUACUUAUAGACCACUGCGACUGCCAGUUGUACUCGUAGGAGAUUCAAAGCUCGGCGGUAUUGCUACAACGAUUUCGGCCUUCGAGUCUCUGCAUCUGCGCGGAUAUGAUGUCCAGGCUGUGAUGCUAUUCGACAUUCCGAGAUGGGGAAAUGCUCAAUAUCUCAACGACUUCUUUCUGCAGCAUGACGUUCCCACUUUUGGUGUUCCUGAGCCACCAGAGAAGCACCAACAUGAACGCCAAGAUCGGGACCAACUUGCAGCUUACUAUGAUGAAGUCUCCUCAAGUACAUCUAUCAGCUCAGCUGUUCAGCUACUUCAUCAUAAGCAUCUACAGCACGUAAACAAAGUGACAUCGAUGCCAGCUCAUGCAGAAUCCAUUGUUUGGCACCCUUUCCGACAGUAUGGGCUACCUCAGAAUGUGAUUGCUAUCGAUUCUGCCUACGGUGACUACUUCGAGGCGUAUAAUCAGGAGACUGAUUCGCUGCUGAACACUUCAGAAGAGAUGUCGACCAAUCUCCAGCCAUUGAAGCCGGCGAGUCCUGCUAAACCACUCCUGAACACGCUUUUCGAUGCCUCGGCGUCAUGGUGGACGCAAGGACUUGGUCAUGGAAACCCGGCUCUUGCCCUUACCGCAGCACAUGCGGCAGGCCGAUAUGGUCAUGUCAUGUUUGCCAAUGCUGUGCAUGAGCCAGCUAUAGAUUUAUGCUACAACCUUCUAGAGACACUGAAGAACCCACGACUCUCGAAAGUAUUUUUCACCGACAACGGCAGUACAGGCAUGGAGGUCGCCGUCAAGAUGGCACUUCGAGCAACUGCACAACGGUAUGGCUGGAGCAACAAGGACGCAGAAAUUGGCAUUCUAGGUCUAAAAGGCAGCUAUCACGGUGACACAAUCGGGGUUAUGAACUGCUCAGAAUCAUCUCCCUUCAACGAGAAAGUGGAUUGGUACAAGCCCUGGGGGUAUUGGUUGUCUCCUCCAGAGAUCAAACUCGUCAAGGGUCAGUGGCAAGUGCAGCUUCCUGUUGAUGACAGUAUGCCUAGAGAAACAGGCCCGGUGACCUUGUUUCCAUCACUCAAAGCUAUCUUCAAUUUCGACAGCAGGCACGACGAUGCCGAAUUCUAUGCUGAUUACAUCACACGGACUUUGCAGCAUCUGACACAGCAUCAGAAACGCAGGUUCGGCGCACUUAUCCUUGAGCCCAUGAUCAUGGGUGCAGGUGGUAUGAUUGUGGUUGACCCUCUAUUUCAGCGGAUGCUGAUCAAGACGAUACGCGAGAACCCAUCCAUCAUCAGCCCUCAAGCUGCGGCGCUGGAGUCGUCGAACUCAGCGGACUGGUCAGGCCUUCCCAUCAUUGCCGAUGAGGUGUUCACGGGUCUUUAUAGACUUGGACGACCCGGCUCAUCUUCAUUCUGGAAUUCAGGGUCAAGCCUGGGUACCGAAAUUGAUGUUGCGCCGGAUAUAUCGGCUCAUGCUAAGCUUCUAACUGGUGGUCUACUACCGCUUGCACUUACAACUGCUUCCGACAGUAUCUUUAGGACAUUCGUCAGCGACAGCAAAGCUGAUGCUCUGCUGCAUGGCCACAGCUAUACUGCUCAUGCAAUUGGCUGUUCGGUCGCAAAUAAGAGUUUAAGUACACUCCGCGACCUUGCCAGUACCUCGGGAUCAGUUCUGGCAUUGUCAGAGCCCAAGUCCUCGAACGCUUCUGCUGGUGGUGCGUGGGACGAUUACCGCUCAUCCUGGUUGUCUCCGCAAGACAGAGAUAUCUUCUCAUUCUUCUCGCCAGAAACACUCAACAAAAUCUCGAAGCAUCCUCUCGUUGAUUCGUGUUUUGCGCUAGGCACUGUCCUGGCAUUAACCCUCCAUUCGUCUACUUCAGGCUACAACUCGACUGCAGCAGCAAGUCUGCAGGCUCGACUACUGACGACAUUGGAUGAGCAAGAUCGGGGUGUACAUAGCAGGGUACUUGGAGAUGUGAUCUACUUCAUGACUAGUCUAGAAACGAAUGAGGGUGAAGUACGUGCUCUUGAGGGAACGAUUCUGAGAGCUCUUGAUGAAGAGUCAGCCGCGAAGAAUUAG